AAACACAAACAUCUCCAAACUAGUCAUCGUAUCGCCUCCAAACACUUUGACAUCUUAUAAACAGAUAGAUAGCUCAACAACAAUGAGACUCUCUCUCUUAUUUCUCUCUCUACUCCUGAUCGCCUCCGCGGAGGCCCGGCACCCGGCCGCCGUCCGCAGACGCUCCCGGGCCCGGGCCUUCAUCGAGCAGCAAUGCGAGAAGACGCUAUACCCCGAUCUAUGCGUCCGCUACCUCUCGUGCCACGUGGGCAACUUCACGACAACGCUGAGUCACCAAAGACUGGCCCAGAUCGCGCUCAAGGUGAGCCUCGAGCGGGCCGAGUCGACCCGGGCCUACGUGAGCGAGGUGGCGAGGGAGCUGAAGCUGAGGAAGGCGAAGCACUACCAAGAGAUAAGGGACUGUUUGGAUCAGAUCAACGACGGCGUGGCGCAGCUGUCGAAUUGCAUCAAGGAGACGGAGAUGAUAAAGGAAAAUGGCGGAAGCAGUGAUUUCCCAUGGCAUGCUAGCAAUGUGAAGACGUGGAUGAGCGCUGCGCUGAGCGAUGCGAGCAUGUGCAUCUACGGGUUUUCGGGUCGGGUCAUCGCGGGGAAGACGAAGGCCAUGAUCAAGGCCAAGGUUUUGAAUCUUGAGCAGACGACUAGCAUUUCCUUGGCUUUGUUCAAUAGGUUUGCUGCGAGAUAUAAGGCGUCUCAUCAUCAACCCUAAUUACUCUAAUUAUAUAUUAGGCCUUUUUUCUUUGAUUUGGAUACUUGUUUUUAACCUUUUCUGUUCUUAAUAUUUGUUUUGUUGUGGUUGUAAGGGAAAAGAAUAUAUAUGUGAAUAGACUAUAUAUAUAUAUAUAUAUAUAUAUAUAUAUAUAUUGAAAGUUUUGAUCAGAUAUAUAUAUUGAUGUAGUUGUGUUUCUCU